GACUUCCCUGUUAAGGAUACAAUUAAGCAGAUAAAAUGGAUAUGAAGAAUAGAUUUACCUUAUAUUAUUUUCCUACGUCUUAUUAUUCUCAUUUGGUAUUGAUAGCUUUAGAAGAAAAACAAGCCCUAUAUAAGGAAAAGAUAAUAAAUUUUUUAUCCGGUGAACAGUUGAAAGUUAAGUUUGUUAGGUUAUAUUAUAAAUGUGAGAUACCUGUACUAACUGAUGGUGAUAAGGUAGUGGUAGAAUCCAAAGAUAUAGUAGACUAUAUUGAUAAAGAAGUACCAACAGAACCUAAACUAGUGCCUGAUAAAAGUAGUGAAAUUGGUAAAGAAGUUGAGAGAGUAAGAGGUAUUUUAGGAAGAAUAUGUAUGGAAUAUAUCACAUAUGGUUGUUUAUUUUACCCUGAACUUUCACAUUCUGGUCUAAAAUUACCUAAAGCCUUCCUCAAAACAAGAAAAGAAAUAGAAGAUGCUUGGAGCACGUUUGCAACAACUUGUGCAGAAUUAGCUGACAAACAUCCUGAUCUUCGUGAUGCCUAUUUAACUAAAAACCAAUAUUUUACCAAGAAAAUCAGCUUGUGUAGUGAUAAGGUUCGAGUUCAGAAGGCUAUUGAUGAUCUCGAUAAAGUAUUUGAACAAAUGGAAACAUUAUUGAUACAAAACAAAAAAGAUGGUGUAGAAGAAACUUGGAUUGUUGGACCAACAUUGACAGCUGCUGAUAUUUCUCUAGCCACAUUGAUAGGAAGAGCAGUUUAUCUUGGAUUAGAUUCCAAAUUAUUUUCCAGAGACAAAAGACCAGAAGUUUACCAAUAUUGGACUCGUAUAUCAGAAAGAUCCAGUAUAAAGAAGACAGUGUUAGGAGCUGCUAAAGCCACAGCACAGUAUAUGUUAAAACAGAAAGCUAAAAUAGUUUUACCUGUCAUUGGAGGAUUAGCUACUGUUGGAUUAGCAGCUGGUGUUGCUGCUCUUUUAAUCGCCAAAAAAUAUACUUAACAUUCUCUGAUUAGUCUAUUAAAGAUCUGAAGGGGAAACUUAAUAUGUUUUCAUGUCACAUGAUUUAAAUAUCAAAUAGUACUCAAAGCUUCCAGUUCUUUGAAUUUUAUUCUCAGCAUUUUGACCUUGUCUACCUGUUACAAGAUAUUCAUACUACUAGACAAUUUUUUUACCUUUGGGGUUUCAUUUAUAUGACAUAUAUAUAUAUGAAUAGGAAUAGAUGCAUGUAAUAUCUUAUCCUCUAUGAAAUAGCAUUAGUAUAUAUUCCUUUUGAAUCUAAAAACUUUACCAUGUAGGUCGCUAACUAUCACAUUUCUGAAUAUAGUUAGUUUAUGAUCAAAUUCCCAUUCCACCCAAUUUAUUCCCAUUGCAUAAAGAGUUGUAAUUUUACAACACAGAUUUUGUCCCUUUCACCCAAGGUAUUUUUCAACUAAGAUUUAAGAAAUAAUUAAUUAAUAAAUACUAAAUUAUGUACUUGUAAUGAUAUGCAUUUAUAAAUGUAUUCAGAGCUUAUAUUUAUUAUCUAUUGUAUUUUACACUAUAAAAAUAGUCAU